AUGGGAACCACAUCCGACAAGGGACAUGUACCAGAUCAGGGACACUCCCAGGGAACCAUAUCCGACAAGGGAAACGUACCAGAUCAGGGACACUCCACUUUGAACCACAUCCGACAAGGGACAUGUACCAGAUCAGGGACACUCCACAGGGAACCACAGCAGACAAGGGGCAUGUACCAGAUCAGGGACACUCCACUGGGAACCACAGCAGACAAGGGACAUGGACCAGACCAGGGGCACUCCACAGGGAACCACAGCAGACAAGGGGCAUGUACCAGAUCAGGGACACUCCACUGGGAACCACAGCAGACAAGGGACAUGUACCAGACCAGGGACACUCCCAAGGGAAGCACAUCUGACAAGGGACAUGUACCAGACCAGGGACACUCCAAAGGGAAGCACAGCAGACGAGGGAGGUGUACCAGAUCAGGGUCACUCCAAAGGGAAGCACAGGAGACAAGGGACAUGUACCAGGCCAGGGACACUCCAAAGGGGAAGCACAGCAGACGAGGGACGUGUACCAGAUCAGGGAUACUCCAAAGGGAAGCACAGGAGACAAGGGACAUAUACCAGAUCAGCGACACUCCAAAGGGAAGCACAGCAGACAAGGGACAUGUACCAGACCAGGGACACUCCAAAGGGAAGCACAGCAGACAAGGGACAUUACCACACCAAGGACACUCCAAAUGGAAGCACAGCAGACAACAGACAUGUACAAGAUCAGACAUGGAACAUGUACCAAACCAGGGACACUCCCGAGGGAACCACAACAGACAAGGGCCAUGUACCAGACCAGGGACACUAAAGAGGGAACCACAUCCGACAAGGGACAUGUACCAGAUCAGGGACACUCCACAGGGAACCACAGCAGACAAGGGGCAUGUACCAGAUCAGGGACACUCCACUGGGAACCACAGCAGACAAGGGACAUGGACCAGACCAGGGGCACUCCACAGGGAACCACAGCAGACAAGGGGCAUGUACCAGAUCAGGGACACUCCACUGGGAACCACAGCAGACAAGGGACAUGUACCAGACCAGGGACACUCCCAAGGGAAGCACAUCUGA